CCACUGCCGUCGACGCAGCAUCAAGCACAAAUUCUCGAGCUGCUGCUGAUUCGUCCAAUUCAUUCUAUGAGCUCAUGGCUGAAACCAAGAGCAAGCAAAAAAUUUCCGUCGAUAUUGCACCCAUCCAUGCGCAAAUCGCUGUUGGAAAGACUGCACGUCGCGUCUUAAAAAAGCCUGAAACUUCAGAGGCAAGUCGUGACAUGAAAGCCGAGAUUCUCUCAGAGACCAACCGUGAUGUCAAAGCAACGACGAAGAGCAAGGUCAAAUGCUCAGUGAGAAAACGCCAAGCAGUCAACGAUACUCAGAAACCGGAGAAUGUCCCACUUGUCACGAUCAAGCGAGAGCGUGAAAUCGAGCCAACUCGGGAGUUUGAGCAGACUACUACUCGUCCGACGAAUUCGUACAAAAAACAAAAGACAAAUGAGGAAGCAGGCCCUAUGUCAAAACCACAACAAUCCGCAUCUACAGCAUCCAGUCGACCACGCUGCACUAUUUCAAAAACGGCAAACCUCACGGCAUCAUCCAGUGCUGUGCAACAGUGGAAACAAGAGACAAUUUCUCAUUACGAUUCAACGCAAACUGGGUCACAUCGAUAUGGACAGGAUUUCCGAAACACUGUGGCAGUUUCCAAGGGUCUUGGGGCAGCGAAUCAUGGAAGGCCAGAGUUGCCCACAUCAAGCGACCAUAGAAGGAUUCCUGGGCCGAUUGAACAAACACGGCGGAAGAAAACCCAAGUACACGAAGCAUCCGAUUCCCUUCAGACAUCUUCAAUGUCCACGGAACGUUUUGUGAAACAAAACAUCAAAACAAAGAAGGCACCCAAUGAAGACAUUCAACAUCAAGAUGACCAUUAUUCCGGAAGCUUUUGUAAACCAUUCCAAGCUUAUGAAUUCAAUCAUGCGCCGAUAUCCCCGUCUGAAUCGAGUGCAAGUGCCGACAUGGAUAUUCAAUCGCUAUCAUUCAGUCAAUCGUCAUCGAAGAGUUCUACUCCUCCAACUUCAUUGGCAGGUCACCAUGUCAUCGCAGCAUCCCCACAGCAGAAAAGGCAGCCUCUGCAUACACAACGACAAAAAUUGUCUAAAUCGACCACACGUUCACCUCUCGAGAUGCAGCAAGAAUUGCUUGGAAAACUUACCGGUCUAGCCGACGCAAUAUUAGAACAGCAAGAACGAAAUCGUCACAGCCAGCUCCAGCAUGUUGUGCAGCACAAUGUGGAAAAGUUUGAUAAGUCGAUUGGUGAGGUUUCCAACGCGCUGAGAAUUCGACUUGGAUUCAGUGCCAUUGAGCCGACUCUCGAAGACGCAGUGACGCAGCAUCGUCUUCAAGUCCACACUUUGAAGCAGCACCUCAACGAGACGCUCUUAAGUAUGCAAGAAAACGAAGCCGAAGAUGACGACUUGCUCUCAGAUUGCUCAAAAUUGAAGGAAAUCGUCAUGCAAAAUGGACAAAGCUUGUUGCAAGAUCGAAUGAAAGUCUUGAUAAAGAGGAUGGAAGGCUGUCGAACGAAGCGAAGACAUCAAAUGCAAAGCAAGCUCAAGGAUAUCAAAGACAAGUUCAAUUCAAACGACCUCCUUGCCAUGCAGGCCCUUCUCGGUCGAAUUUAAGCAAGUCUAGCCUUUGCAUGUUGGUGAAUUUUAUCUAAUUUCUCUUUUGACGAAGAAAGGUACUGAUCAGAGUCAAGAAACGUUUGGCAUCAGUGUCCGCGUACGCGUCCAAUGUAGAUUUGGCUUCAGCAAUGGCUUCAGUACUUCCAAUUCGAGACUUGCACAAAUCCCACAGAAUUUCCGUGAAGCAAUACUGCACAUCAAACUCGGGAUGCGAUUGCGCACACAAAAUGUUGUUCUUUGACCCCACCACGUAAGCUUCAUGCGCACAUGAAGCCGACUGCGCAACCAAUUUGGCUUCGGGAGGCAAGGUGACGACACAAUCGCCGUGAACUUCAAGCAAGUUUAACGUUGUCACUUCUUCAGAGCCCGAGUAGUGGGCGAAGGACGGCAAGAAAUGCACGUCUUCCGCCUUCAUGACAAAUUGGUCGCUCUGACCCACGACUCCACCGAGCGCGUGCGCCACAAGUUGAUGACCAAAGCAACCGCCAUACAAGUUUGGAGCGCCAGUGUCCGCCACGUGCCGAAUGAUGUUGAUCAAUGCAUCGUACCACGGCAACUGGUCACGGACGUUGUAAUGAGAGCCCGUGAUGACAAUUCCGUCGUAGUUGUCUUGAAGAAUUGACGCCAACGAGUCACCGGUUGCAGGGUUCACAACUGUCCACGAGUCGCCUUCUUGCGUCAAGCCGUCGAUAAACAUGUCGCCUAGAGAAGAUGUGCUCUAUUGGUACACGUUGGCAUGGGGACGUGCAAGUGUGGCUCUACUAUAGUUGCGCUUCUUCCAACGCUCGACGGCAUCCUCCGCGUGGAUCACACAAAAGCGAGGCAUUUUCGUGACUGACUGGUGCACCACCUUCUUCCAAGGGCGUCGAGCUAACCUUGGACUGAAUCACUUGUGCCGAGGGGAUCGUCGUGGCCGACCUUGGACUGAUUCACGAAUAUGCACGUGGUGAUGAAC